AUGGAAUUUGGCGCAUCUUCAACGAUGUUCGCACCAGGUAGACUGGGUCUUGAGGCUGUAUUGGCUCCCACAGCUACUCCGACAGCUACUCCAACAUAUGGUCGACAGCCCCAUGCCCUGAAUCACCGGCAAGCGAGUGUUUCGGCUGCGACUUGCGGCUAUAUCGGUGGUGAUGGUGACCUAGCAGUAACAUGUCGCAGUGGUAUGUACUGCGCAGCAACCAGCACAUACGUCGGCUGCUGCGAAUCCACGAAUUGUGUAGGCAUAAUCACCUCCUGCUACGACUUUCUUGGGAAUGCCUGCGAUGUCACUUGUCAGAACAAUCCAAACAAUUUGGUCUGCCCAACCAGUUUACCUUACUGUGCCGAAUAUCAGUAUGAAGGGGGAUCGGUGGGUUAUGGUUGUGCUCAAGAUCGUGGCUUCACUACAACUGUCCUCCUUAACCCUCUACAAAACCUUGACACACUUACGACGAGCCCAUCAUCAUCGUCAUCAACACCUACACCUACACCAUCUCCGACCCCAGACCCGCAACCUUCAUCUUCUGGUCUUGGCGCCGGAGCAAUAGCUGGGAUUGCUGUUGGUGGCAUAGCAGUGCUUGCCUUGAUCAUUUUUAUGAUAUGGUUCAUGCGCAGAAGGAAGCAGAAGCAAGCGACGCAAGCGACAGGGAAUACUCCUUAUGCCCAUGUGCCACCAGAGGAUACGAGUCCACCCAUGCGAAAUCGAUCAAUGGUUGAAUCAACAGCAUUUUCGGAUUCGACGACCGCCUACGCUUUACCAAGUCCGAGAACUGACCCCUGGAAACAGUCCUGGCAGAGCUAUAGCGAACCAGACGCGUCUUAUGCUGCAUCGAAUGGUUAUUCCCAACCAAGAAGCCCAGCAGGCAUUCCGGUUGCCCCUGUCGAGAUGGCAACAAAUCGUGGAGCGCAGUCGCACGAUACUGCUGAACACGAGCCCUUAAACGUCACUGGAUUUGCCAACGAUGGACGACCCGGGCAGCGUAACUGUGACGAGCUGAGACAUGAUGACAAACUGAGUGUGCAAAAGAGCUGGUUUUUGGAUGAUGAUCUUGUGCACAUCGCUCGAUCAAUGAAUGAACAUCCUAUGGUAGACUAUUCUACUCAAGAUCAAUCACUCACAUUCGAAGAGAUGGUUUCCCAGACCUGGACACGGUUAUCUGGAUCUAGUGUAUGGCUCGAGAAAAACAAAGUUUUCCUGACAGUCACGAGAGUCAUCUUCUAUGCCGAAGGCGAAAAGUCAUGGCCCAUCAUUAGCCUCUUGAGGGGUCAGAUUUAUGACAGCAACUGGAGUGAGUUAAAAGACCACACCCUGAUUUGGAAAGGCCAUGGAAUUGUUUUCCCUACCAUAUUUCCAAUUUCAUACCCGUAUAUGGAGAAGCAUCGUUUUUUUGGACCCGAAGACCCUAGGGUUCUCAUCGAAGAAGGAAUUGACGAUCCGGAACCGAUAAUUGUGUUCAACAUGAUCUACGAUACACAAACCUGGACAAGGGCUAUGCACGUCUUCAGACCAUUCACCGAUCUUCUUACUAUCCUGACCAUCAAGAGGGACGCAGAGAGAGCAGAAGUUGAGAAGAACUGGGCCCCAUUCUUCUUCGAUGACUCAGAGACGACCGUACCAGCAACAGGAAAGACUCCCAACACACAUCUUCAUUUCAUCUACAGGUUUAAUCCGUUGGUCGUAUUGAAAUGCAAACUGGCUGACGGACUUUGCGAUGUCGUAUAUGAGCAGGACACCGAGUCGUACUCUCUGGGGAGCCAUGAUGAUGAUGAUGGCCGGAUGACCGGUGGAACGAAUCUAGUGCCUUUGCCGAUGAAGUCGAAGCUUGGGACGAGCCUGUUUCUCGGAUUUCCUAGAUCCCAUGUGGAGGUUGGAUGCAAUGGGAAAAGCAUCUACCGACCCGCAAUUAUGAUUCUCAGCGCCCACAAGAAGAGUUUCCACAUUGAAUACAUGUCCGACUCCAUCGACUUUGGAUCCGCGGCGAUGUCGGAAGAAGCUUUCAUCGAUCCUUGUCACGAAGGCCAGAUUCUGAUCGCUAAUAGCAUUGCAAAAUGGGAUCGAUCACACGGGGAGGAUGUCAUGACGGUUUCAUUUUCCGUCGGAGAUUCGACCGUGCAAGUAUUGCGGCUUCACGGCGUGUUCGCAUUCGUGGAACGCUUAUAUCUGCAGCAUGACCCACCUAUUGAUAUGGCUUCCGACUCGCAAUCAGGUGUCUUUAGACUGUGGUCUAAUGCUGCGAGCCACGUGCUUGGUUGCUCGAUUGAGGCAGCUGCGAACUACUCAACCGCUCUGUAUGUCAAUGGUUUCUACCGGAUGCAAGAGGCGCUCGCACACGGGUCUUAG